AUGUCAAAGGAGCCGCCUGCUGCCGAGAAUCGUCGUUCAACUUCCGUGAUUCCUCCGUUUGAGUCUAAACAAAACGACAGGGCAUGUAUGCAGAAGGUAAUCAUCAUCGAUAUGGGCCAUUACUACGUGCGAGCUGGAGUUCUGCAUAAUGAUGCAACAAAGCCCGACCUCUGUCUACUUAACACCAUCGGUAUGACUUCGACAGGUCUCCUCUUCGGUGAUGCCGUGCCUCAGAUUACAGAUACCGAAGGCGGGGAAGGCCUAGGCAACACGUCAAUCGUCUCCCCGUUGCGUCAGAGUCAGAUUACUUCACCAAUUACUGUCAAAGGCGUCCCAAUCCAGAAGAAUUUUUUCCAAGCGAUAUUCCAGCGACUCAACCUGCACGAAUACGGCAAGAGUUUUAAGCUCCUGCUUUGCCUGCCAACUCGGGCGUCUGCGCUGCGACCGCAUUUUAUUGACUACUUUCUCGGCCCUAUCGCGGAGGCUGAAGGGUUCGGAAUUAUCGAAAGCGUAGCGACCAUCUCCGCCUUUCGCGCCGCUCUGCAGACUGCAAAGGUCUUAACCUGUCUUGUCAUCUCCCUUAGUGCGGAUCUUGAAAUCAUUCCCUUGGCUGAGGGAGGGCUUGUAGAACUUGGUAGGUCAACCGUUGCUCUUUACGGCGAAGAGGCUCUUUGCUUCCUGAUGAAGGAGAUGGUCAAGUGGAACAUAAAUUUAAGCGAACAGGAAAUCGAGUGCUUUGGACAUUACAUCUACCAGAAGGCGGCAUUUAUUGAAAACAAGGAGACGAAAUGUCAUGACAUUGUGAUCGAUUUGUCUCAAUAUGCACCCUGCCCUAUUAAUAAACGCAUUUCUGUGCCAGCGGAGUUGCGACGGAAGGCCUCUGACGCACUCCUGCGACCUGAACAGGCGUGCACCUACGAUGGGGAGUUGCCGCCCUUCAAGACACUCCUUAACAGGGCUAUCCAGUCCUGUAGUGUUGAUCUUCGCGGUGCAAUCUGCUCUAACGUCCUCCUCAUUGGCGAGUUCGCAGAUAUCGAAGGUUUACGGGAACGGGUGAGCGAGGAGAUGCGAACGCUUAUGCCAGAGGGCGCAAGCCCACCCACCGUACAGGUGGCGGGGAAUGCUGCGGGGUCGGCGUAUGAAGGUGCCUGCCUCCUCUCCACCGUGCUGCAGGGUCCACGGCCACCCCGUUGUCCCUGGUUUCGCUUCGUGGACGCAAAGGCUUGGUCAUCGAUGCGCCUCGAAACUGGCUGUAGCACAUCCUUCUCAGGCACUCGCCUCCUCAGCCGUCUAAAUAGAGACUGCCCUUGGCCCUAG